UGCAUUCUAACAAUCGAAAUCGCGCCUUGUUGUCGAACUUCAAACGUUGAAGAGAGUUCUAUCUUCUUUUUUCUUUACUGGCGCUGGCAGAAAUCAAAACUAGUUUCAAGGGAUGUGAACCACCAUCAGUGAUCUAGAGUACUGGUACCGUAUAUGUCGUAUAUUCUCAACGGUGAUGUCAUGGCAAGGAGAACGAACAAGACAGAACUUUUCCUUAUUUUGAGGGUCCAGUUUGUGCCUUGAUGUCAGGAUUCUGUGUCUCGAUAGACCUUCAUCCAUAUAAACAAGAAGUAUGAUAGAGAGUGUUAAAGCAAGACAGAGAGGGGCCCAGGACUUUGAAGGCUACUAUAGCCAGCUAUGUGCUCUUCAGGAUUCAUGUCCAUUGACGGCGGUCAAGGCCCACCUGGAUGAUGGCAUCCUGGAUCUUAAUGCUGAUAGGGUAAGGCAGCCUGACUGGAUGCCUAUCCUCAAUGCCUUACGUAUCAACAGAGGCCUUCAGUUCAUAGCAUUCAGGAGUUAUUAUCAGAGUUCCAAGCAGGAUGACUCGAGAUCACAUUUACAGACACAGGUUCGUCGACCUCCACCAAUCAGGUCAAGAGACAUUGCGCAUCGUCUGUGCAUUGCAUUAAGGGAAUGCCUAGCUAACAGUGAACAGUUACAACACUUAGAGUUACAGGGCUUGUUGCUGAGGGAAAAGAAUAUGGUAUCACUAUGUAAGGGGCUGGCAAAGAGCCGAUGCAUACAGCACCUGUCUUUAGAAUACUGCCGCAUAGGAGAUAGGGGUGUUGAAGUGCUAUGUCAGUGUAUCAAGAAUACACCAACCAUUGUGUCUCUCAACCUCACGGCAGCUGGACUCACUUGGAAGAGUGCAGAUAUGAUAGCAAAGCUGGUCAAGCAUCAAGCCACUAGGAGGCAUACAGAGGCAUGGAAAGACAGCCUGAGAUACCGCAGACCAGACCUUGAUCGUAUGCCAGGGAUACGAAGGAUCACAAUGAAUAACAAUCCACUCCUCAAUGACAAAGGAGCUAUGGCACUGGCUGAAGCACUGAAGGAUGACCUUUGGCUCAAAGCUCUGGACAUGCAGCAUUGUGGUAUAUCGAAUGCAGGAGCAAAGGCAUUUCUUGAUACCUUGCACCAGAAUACUAGUAUCGUUGUACUGGACCUGAGGAGGAACCCUUUAUUAGACCAAGACCUCUUAAAAGCCAUCAUAGAACAGGUCAUGAUCAAUUCAGGAGGACAGGAAGUAGAGUACAAAUGGUUGAGAGCAAGGAGCCCCAGUGGACCAUCUUCUAAGCAAAGGAACAAACGUAAAGGGAGGACCUCUUCCACCCAGAUUAGAAAAGUCAGCAGCAUCAGGAGCACUGUCAAAAACUCAAUUAAACCUGAGAGAAGAACCCGGUCUAAAUCUGAGAGUGGGAUCAUCAUUCACAGCUCAAAGACUGAGGUGGAGCCUGUCGUAAAAAGACCUGGGCCUGGGUUUGUUCCAUGGAGAACAGCUGCAAGAGCAAAUCAAAGAAGCAAGAGCAUCGUUCACAUUGAACCAGGAAGUCCAGAUGGUUCAUCUACACCCACCAGACCUGGAGCAUCAUCCAUCCAUGUACAUGUAGGUAACUCCAGUGAGGUUGAUACAAGCAUCAAGGACAGUAUUGACACACCUUUUACUCAUCUCUCCACUUCCACAGGUACUAGUGCUAUGUAUGAAGCAACCGUCAAUCGAAAGAUUAAGAAUCUUCAGGUUGAAGCUGAAGAGCUGAGGCGACGUCUAUACAUUGAGAGCAAGGCAAGGGCAGCCUCUGAUGAACGUGUGAUUGAACUAGAGGUUGAGAAUAGUCGAUUGAAGCACCAGCUUCAGCUCCUGGAGGCCAGGGGUCCUACCUCACCUCUCAAAAAGGGUGGUCCAGCGGAAGGAGAAGAGAAUGGGGAGGAUGAGGCAUUACUAGAGAGCAUUGAAGAGUCAUUCCAGAAAUUCCAUAGCUUCCUUGACCUUCUUAGAGAUGCUGGUCUUGGUCAACUAUGUACAUUAGUGGGACUGAGCACUCAAGACAUUAGUCAUCCUACGGUGAAAUCUAUCUUGAAGAACCACCAACCUUCAACUCAAUUAGGACCAUCUUCAUCAUCAGCACAACAAACACAUAGUGUCUACCAGCCUGGAAACUUGAUAUAUUCUAAUCAUCCAAUGCAACCAUCUCCAUACAUUGUCCCAUUCGGAGCAAUGGGUCCGAUGUUGCCUGGGAUGUUGUAUCCAAAUCAGACGUCUUCCUCAGGAGCUGGUAAUGUGAACUUCCAACAAGCCCUUGGGGCACAACCAGUGAACAUGGGUAUCUAUCCCCAAAUGAUGAGUACAUACCCACAGCAAAUGCCUAUGAUGCAGGGUCAGAUGCCUCAAAUGAACCAACCUUUGGCACCACAACCGCAGAUGUAUCAGCAACCUAUGCAACCAGUACUUGCCAAUCAACAGUCAUCCUCUGCAGGAAUUUCGAAUGGAGGUCUUCAGCCUGUCACAUCCAGUACUUCACAAUCCAAACAAUCAAGAGUGGACAACACUUUCACAUCAGGGGCAUCAACUCAAGUGACUGUAUCUAGCCAUAGACCUAUCCCAGUUACGUUGAAAAGUGAAGGCAUUCCUUUGGAAUCCAUGUCCAGCACAGAGGGUGUGUUUAUGCCAAGUGUUGUUCAGAUCUCUCAAGGAUCAGGCAUGUCAGAAGAUAAAAAACAAACAACCAGUGGAACUAUCCUACCAACAGUUGUAUCAAAAGCAGACAUACAGGUAUCACCUGAAGCUGAUGAUAUAUAUGAUCAGAACAAAGAGGAUUCCCUUCAUGAUCUUCCAGGAAGUCCCAAAGACAGUCCUCUUUCUCUUGGUGAGGAACCUGGCCUUCAGAAGGUUGAAGAUUCGUUUGAGUCAGACAUUGGAAACAUCAGACAAAUGACUGAACUUGAUUUUGGUGAGAGUAUCAAUUCCACACCUAGAAUGCCUGGCACUAAAUACACUGAAGACAGUCCAAGGGUAGAGAGUGCCACACCCACCAAAGGAAUCGGAUCUCCUACAGAGUCUGAUCACUCUGGAAGAGGGCCUCCAAGGGGUGCAAGCCCCAUUCAAAGUUACUCAGAGGACUUUGAAGGUGAAGCUAAUGAGGAUGAAAGUGACAUUGAAGAAGAUCUUUUCAAAGAUUCUGAAGGCAGUUUACCAGGAUUAACCAGUGAUGAUGAAUUCUAAACAACUGUACAUGACAGGAAAACAUGAGCAUGAUAAUUUUGUAUGUCUCUUAUUUACUAUAAAACUGCAAUUUAAAAGCAAUGAACAGAUAUGAUACUGUACAAUAGACCAGUUCGUAGUUACAUCAUGGACAGUUUUGGUCAAAUGACCUUUCAUUGUUUUCAUUAUGAUAGGCAGAUUUCAAAGCAAGAUAUUACGUAAGCAUGCCUUACAUAGCAGUAUGAAGAAAUUGGAUAGACCAGGUGACUAGAAUAGCACACCAAUGAACACUCCAUGAAGGUAUUUGUUGCAUUUUUACUUUAAAUGCAUAUUAUAGCAUGUUGUACAAUGUACUUGGCAAACUGUGAAAUACCAGUCAUUCGUGGACACAUUUUUGUUCUUUGUGGAUGUAAAUGAAAAACACAAUUCAAAAGAAUAUAUGAAUAAUCAAGACACCAAAGUUGGUGCUUAUCUCAUUAGAUUUUAAACCACCAUGUCACUUUAGUACCAAUGACCUUCUUCUGAUCAUGCGCAGAAUGGAACUAUGAACUGGCUUAUUGACCAAGAUGUAAAUUCAAAUUUUGAGAGUGAUUUUAACCCUAAAUAGACUGGGCUAUUUCAAUGCCUAAGAAGACGGGGGGGGGGGGGGGGGGGCUGAUUCAGCCCCCCUCCCUUAUGAUCUCCGUCGUCGAUCUCAACGAAAAUUGGCACUCGCGUUACCCAUGGCAUAAACAACAAAACUGUGAGAUCAAAUCCUGCAAAAAAAUCUCAUUGCUAAUUUGUUAUGCUAAUUUAUGCGUAAAAUCUCAAGUUUUCUCUAAAUAAUGCCCCUAAAAUACAAAUUUUUGGUUCACAGGCUCUUUAUAGAAAUCUGAUCAAAUGUACUUUUAAAAAAUGUCAACAUCACAUUUAUUUUCUUAUGUAUUUCUUUGUUUUUCAACUUUUGUGUUUUUUAUUGUUUUUUCAAUGAAAAUUGUCGGGGACUUUAUUUUGACCAUAAACAAGAUGAAAUUGAUCUUAAUCAGUUAAAGGAAAAAUGAUACAUUUAUGAAUUUUGGCUGAAAACACUAUUUGCAUUGGAUUUGUACACAAACUCUCGUUAUGAGCAAUUUUGGGUCUGCAUACACUUACGAAAUGUUACGUAAUUUCGGAACCGCGUACCCAGGGGUGACGAUUUUGGUCUCACAAGUUGCGCAAGACUUGAAAGUAAAAUUCAGCAGGUGACGUGGUCAAAAAGUUUUGUGCGGCAGAUUCAUCACAAAAAAUGUCAAGGGAGGCUGAAUCAGCCCCCACCCCCCAGUCUUAUUAGGGUUAAUACCGGUACCAGAACUCAAAAUGGAUUUAGUAUUUCCAUUACUCCAUCAAUCACCUGAGAAAAGAGUUCAGUGAACUUAGUAGUGGAAGCUUCCCUUAAAAUUUGCUUUCUCUUUAGUACAUCCUGUAGUCUUCAAUCAUUUUUUUUUUUGAGCAAAACAGAAAUGCUUUGCAACUUCAUAUUAAUAAAUUUAAUCUAUAUAUUGAUUAGGACUCAGAGGAGUUAUAACAUAUUUUUUUUUUUUUAACAUUGCCUGUUGGUGAUUUUCUAUGGAGAUUGGCAAACCUAUAUGGAAAUACAUAAAUUCGGCGUCACCAAAGAGUUUGAAAAUUAACCAGGUUAAGAACUUAAUUUCUUUAUAUAUAUGAAACUCUUGUGUGAUGGCAAACUAUCAACCAAGUGGGACUAUGGAAAUAAGUUACUUGGCUGGAUUUCUCAUUUUUUUGCUGCAUUAUGUACGGGCAUGGUCAUAUUUGCUCUGUUCUCUUUGUUUGCAACUUGUAAUUACUUUGCAGGUGUUGGCUCGUCUCAGAACGAGUAGCAAAGUAUCUAUUUGACACAUAAUGCAACAAUAUAUUGUAACAAUAUGGCAGAUAAGUUCAAGAAAUAAAUGAGAUGUCUCGCACAGUUUAUUACUUACAAAGUCCCACUUGGUUGAUUAAAAUAUACUAUGAAAUAUGAAAUUAAGCUCUUAAACUGGUUACUUUUUCUUUGGUGACACUGAAAAUCUUAUUACAUUAUACACCAAUGGGCGCACUGGUGACCGGCGGCAUCGGUCGAGCAUCAAUGCCAAGGCAGACCGAACUGUUUACUCGGGCCUAAUAUGAUAUAAUCUAUCAGCUUCAUAGAUGUAGUAAGCCAAAUACACUUGUUGCAACCAAUAUGAGGUUGGAUGAUAAGGACAAUAUCAUGUUGUUAAAUUUGUUGUGUAUACUUGGGUCAUUACACAUUGACUAAACGUGUAUGUCUUCUGAAGGGGAAAUGUUUACAGGAUUGAAUGAAGUGAUGUUUCAUUAAGUGAAUUCCCAUCCUUAAAAUUGUUGUUAAUUAAUAUUUUGAAGCAAUAGAAUGGUGCCUGUAUGUUAUAGCCUUCAUGUUGAUAUUGCAUGUUUGUGCAGCCAUACAGUGUAGCAUGGUCAACUGUUAAAAAAAAAAGCAAAACUGCUUGAUUUCAUCCCCUAUUCAUGAUGCAAAUUGAGCAAUAAAUGUUUUACCCAGUCAAUGAUUGAGCUGUUUUAACUUUAAAAAAGCAUGUAAAAUGUAUGCAAGAAAAAUCACUGUUUUGCAGCACUACAAGACUUACCCUGCACAUUUAUCUUCCCUUACACAAUUUUUAAAGCUAAAUUUGCAACACCCAGGUACACAGUUGAAAAAAAUGGAAUAUUGAAGUGUAUGUCUGAACCAAUAUUGCUCAAAAACACGAUUUCAUGUACGAUGCAAAUUCUGUUUCUAGGCAAAAUUCAGAACUGGUUUACUGAUUAAAAUCAAUUAAUUUCAUUUUAUUCAUGAUAGGAAGUGUUGCUGAGAACUUCUAUAAAAGACA